AUGAUCUCCAUUGUACCCAACGAAAUCCUGUUCCUCGUUGCAGGUAACUUGGAAGGAAACGACCUGAAUUCUCUUCUUCGGACCAACCGUCAUCUGUUCAUGACCUUGAACUGCAGCCUGUACCAACAAGGCAUGCUACGUCGUGAUGCCUGGCCACUUAUCUGGGCUAUUCUGAAUAACCAAAGCCAAACGCUGGAAAAUGCUCUCAACACGGGUGCCAAAACCCUAGGCGAGGCACUUGCGCUGGCUGCAGAGUAUGGCCAGGAAAAAACCGUGGAAAGACUCCUGGAAGUUGAGUCUGCAAAUUUCGCCGCCAACUAUGAUACAGAAGAUGAAGCUUUGCCUGCGAAUUGGACAGCUCUAGAGCGUAUCUAUCAUCAUUCUGCCUCUGUUUCUGAACGGCACCAGUCUUAUCUCGGGACUUUGCCCAAAUGGACUGAUCACUGUCCGUUUGAUUGUGAUAGCUUGUCCCCUCUGGCCCGUGCAAUCAGAGGAGACUACUUGAAAAUUGCGCAGCUUCUCGUCAAUUCAGGCAAAUUGGACAUCGACCUCCCUGAGUAUGAAGGUCGGACACCCUUGUCAUAUGCGGUUCAGUUUGGCAGCCUGGCAAUUGUGAAUCUCCUGGUCAAUUCUGGAAAAGCCAAUGUUGAUUCACAUUGCCAUGGUGGGCGAACACCACUUUCAUGGUCAGUUCAGCACUCAAACCACCUCAGUUUGUCCGGGCAGUUCACAAAUAUGCACGAUGGAAAGAGAGAUGCCAAUAGCCAAGAAAUUUCCCUUGAUACAUCAAUUCUUGAAGUUCUUCUAGGUACUAGAAAAGUCAAUCCCAAUUCUAGGGAUCAAUAUGGUCGGACACCACUUUCCUAUGCUGCUAGCUUCUCAAAACCAGCUGUUGCGAAAUUCCUUCUGGAUACUGGUGUUGUGGGAAUUGAGCAGGAAUGUGAUGAGGGAUGUACCCCGUUUUUCUAUUCUGUGGAAGCAGGCAAUACUGCUACGGCAGAGCUGCUCUUAAACUCAAACAUGGUUUAUCUUGAUCCGAAGAACAAUGAUGCUCAAGGGGCAUUUUUCCGAUUUAUGUGCACUUGCUCGCUUACUCUGUUACAUGGAGAAUCACCUGAGACAAUUUCUUGUCCCUUCUUCCGGGACUCCGUAAAGGAUCUCAGAGCAAGUUAUGUUCACCUUUUGAACAUCCUGGUUGAAUGCCAACAGAUUGAUCUUGACGAAGUUGAUGACAAUGGCAUAACACCCUUCAUGAUUGCACAACGACUAGGCGCAGACUUUGUCCAACCUCUGAUAGAAAGCGGACAAGUUAGUCUAGAUGAACGGGACUUUGACGGUCGGACUCCGCUUUCAUAUGCAGCGGAAGAAGGUGACCAUGAGUCUAUCAAACUUCUGAUAGAGACUGGUCGAGUUGACUGUGAUUCGCGAGAUUCGGAUGGCCGAAGCCCACUGUCAUAUGCCUCGGAAUCAGGGAAUAUACAGUCUGUCCGUCUUCUUUUAGACACAGAAAAAGUUAACUGCAAGUCCCAAGACGAUCAAGGUCGGACCCCAAUUUCAUAUGCUGAAGGACGAGAGGACAAAGAUAUUUAUCGACUGUUCGUUAGUGGAUACAGUGAGGCGAAUGCAGUUACAUCUUAA